AUGUCUCCCAAACAGAGGAAGCCAUCCCGCCAGAAAAAGCAAACCUCCGAUCCCGCGAGCCCCAUUCACCCAACCAAUUACCGAGAAAUCCACCAGACAGAGGUCGAAGCUCUGCGUUCAAUCUAUGGCGAUGACUUUGAAGAAGUCGAGAACAAACGAUCUGCUUGGCAGCAAACCUCCAAUGUCACAUUCAACCUCCACCUCCGAUCCUCCUCAAAUCCAGACGUUAUCCUGAUCCUCCAGGUCGAGCUGCCGGCUACGUAUCCCAAAACCAUACCAAAUUUAUCGCCAGGCAACCUCGACGGAUUUCGCGAUGGAGCACGUUCCAGAAUCCAGGACAUUUUGCGCAACAAACCAAACACUCUCCUUGGGAGUGAAAUGAUCUAUGAGCUGGCAGUAUCCAUACAGGAUGUGCUGGAAGAUGUGGCCCAAGCCCAAGCCCAGGACAAGGACUUGCCCAGCCUGGAAGAAGAGCGCAUGGAACAAGAAGCAGCGGCUCUACAACGUGCAGAUCUCCAACAACAGGAAGAGCUCCGCCAACAGAAAGCUGCAGCCGUGGAGGAGGAGCGCGCUUUGCAAGAAAUGCUCAGAGACAAGAUGCGACAGCGGAACAAGGCUCGGAUCUUAAGACGAAAGAGUCGCACCGGUGGUGCAGAUACAAGUGAUACUGACGACCUUGUGGGUAAUACCCCUGGAGCCAUCUGUUUUGAUCCGCCAUUGGUGGUCAGUGACACCGAUGAGCAGCCACUGGUCUUUCGGGCGGUUCAUGGAAAAACCCUGGUACAAAGCAAACCGGGUAAGAAGACAUUUACCGUGAGACCGGUGGUCUCUGAGAGCAGAUGUCAUGUUCCGCUACUUGUUCUCAAGGAGAUUUGCUUGACCGAGAAAGGAUCUGAAGCAUUAGCUUUCCGGGAACAGAUGCGCACCAGCGAGGAUAAGUUAGAAGCGAUCAAGCGGUUGCGGCACUCCAAUCUGGUUGAGUUUGUUGGUUUCAAAAUCAAUCGCCCCAUUGGCCACUUCAACUCACCCGAUAAUGACUGGACUGUCUAUGCCCUCCUGGAGCAUGCGAACAAAGGAUCUCUAUCUGAGCUCCUCGAUAUCGUUGGGACUGUGGCUGUUGACAUGCUUCGUGGCUGGAUGAUCCAACUACUUGAAGCAUUGGAAUUCUACCACCGGAGUGGAUUUGUACAUGGUAGUAUUCACUGUGGCCGAAUCUUUCUCUUCCGGACCCCUUCUGGAGGAACCAUCGUCAAGCUUCAAUCAAGUGUUGAAGAAGCUUUACCGGAUCCUCCUUGUGGGAAGCCUUCUUUGACUGCCUCAAAAUCUCCACUUUGGCUUCCUCCAGAGUUGACUCAGGAUCAUGCCUCUCCAUCCAUGAAGACGGACGUCUGGGACCUUGGAAUUGUUCUCCUUCAGAUGGGCUUUGGAAAAGAUGUACUUCUUCGAUACACCUCUGCCAAUCAACUAAUGGUUUCCAUGGGACUUUCUCCCCCGCUACAGGAUCUACUGCGAGAAUUCUUCCGCCCAGACCCCAGGAAGCGCCCAACUGCCUUCCAGCUUCAACCGUCAGAGUUUUUCCGCGUUGAUGCGCCUCUGAAAAUGCGGGAGAGAGCAUCUGGCUCUGUGUCAUCACACAGACGGCCACGGCUGGACUCCUUUGGAGCCAUGCCGGCUUUCUCUCGAUACCACCAAGACUUCGAUGAAGCAGGUCAACUGGGCCGCGGUGGCUACGGACAAGUAGUGAAGGCUCGGAACAAGCUGGAUGGUCGAUUGUACGCAGUCAAGAAAAUUUCACAAACUUCGGCAGCAGCGUUGAAAGACACGCUUUCCGAAACCAUGUUGUUGUCUCGACUCAAUCACCCCUACGUCGUCCGAUACUACACUGCUUGGCUAGAAGAGGAUUUCAAUCACAUCGAAGAAGAGGCUAUGUCCUCCACCGAAGGUGACCCGUUCUCCAGUCAGGAUCACCAUGGGUUCAGUACAGGUGGUCUUGAUUUCAUUAGCUCUAGCGGGUAUCCCAAAAUCGAAUUCGCUGGAUCAGAUAGCGACGACGAGAAUGAGGGGACCUUGUCCGACCCUGCCCAUCCAGGAACACCAGAGACAAACCGAGCCAAUGGAACUACUGGCACCGGAAGCGCAGAAGAUGUCGAGUUCAGCCGUGCACGAUCUGGUUCAUAUUCCAGGCCUCUGGUUACCACGCUUUACAUCCAGAUGGAGUACUGCGAGAAGCAUACACUGCGUGAUCUGAUAAGAAAUGGGCUGUGCGAUGACACUGAAAGCUCCUGGCGCCUUUUCCGCCAAAUCCUCGAUGGUCUGAGCCACAUUCAUAGCCAUGGUAUUAUCCACCGUGACUUGAAGCCUGACAACAUCUUUAUUGAUGUAGCCAACAACCCUCAAAUUGGUGAUUUUGGCCUUGCCACGAGCGGCCAAUUCACAACGGCAGUGCGUUCAUCUGCUGCAGCUGAUUUUGAAGGUGAUUUUACACGCAGUCUGGGAACGACCUACUACGUUGCACCAGAGAUGAAGUCAGUUGUCUCGGGGCAUUACAACGAAAAAGUUGACAUGUUCUCGCUGGGUGUGAUCUUCUUCGAAAUGUGCCACCCCCUGCCUACCGGCAUGGAACGAGAUCAGACCCUCAGAGAAAUCAGGGAAAAGUCUCAUACACUUCCAUCCACUUUCCAGCAAUCCGAUAAAGUGCUCCAGGGGCGGAUCAUCGAACACUUGCUGAGUCACACACCAAGCGAGCGUCCAACGGCAUCUGAGCUUCUGUCCAGCGGCAAGAUUCCACUACAAGUCGAAGAAGAGACGUUCCGGAGAGCUAUCGUGCAUCUACUAUCUGAUCCAAACUCCCCCGAUUAUAAGAAGAUUCUGUCUGCAAUCUUCUCACAAUCGCCCAAGAAAUUCGAAGACAUUGCUUGGGACAUCGACUCCCAUGCGGUGCCAGCCGUCAACGAGUUGCUCGUCCAGGGUCUCGUCAAAAAGAAACUCACCUCAAUUUUCCGAAGGCAUGGUGCCGUUGAGUCAACAAGACAAAUGCUCUUCCCUCGGUCCCAGCAUUAUAACAAUGGCGCGGUGCGAGUCUUGGAUGCUUCAGGCAACCUCCUACAGCUACCUUACGAUUUGACGCUCCCCAAUGCCCGAGCAAUCCCUAGGCAAGAUCGCUCACUGGAGAAGACAUUCGCUUUUGGUACUGUAUACAGGGAAUCCACGCAUGGCAGUGAGCCACGGACGCACCGCGAAGUUGAUUUCGACAUUGUUUCUCACAACACUUUGGAUCUAGCUCUCAAAGAGGCAGAGGUCAUCAAAGUAUUGGAUGAAAUUAUCGAGGAGUUCCCGCCUUUGCGAUCGACGCCUAUGUGUUUCCUCGUCAACCACUCCGAUCUCCUCCAGCUGAUCAUGGAGUUCUGUCGCAUCACGCCUUCCCAGAUCCCCAAAGCCAAGGAGGUUCUCAGCAAGCUCAACGUUGGGAAAUACACCAUGCAAAAAAUCCGAAGUGAGCUUCGAGCGCCUGCAAUUGGUGUUGCUUCGACUUCGCUAGAUGAUCUUGCCCGAUUUGAUUUCCGGGACUCUUCGAAAGAGACGCAGCGGCGACUACAAAGCAUAAUGGAAGGAACCGAAUAUGCCGAACGGGUCUCACCAAUUUUUGCCCGAUUGAAUGUGCUCAUGACUUAUCUGCAGAGCUUUGGCGUGAAACGCAAAGUCUACAUCAACCCAUUAAGCAGCGUGCAUGACAAAUUCUAUCGUGGCAGUGUGCUGUUCCAAUGUGUCUUCGACAGCAAGCGACGGGAUGUGUUUGCUGCUGGUGGUAGAUACGACCGGCUGAUCCAAGAGCAUUCGCCCAACGUUCUAUCCAACCGUCCUCAAGCACAUGCCGUUGGCUUCAACCUUGGUUCAGAUCGACUUCGCUCUUCAAUGAUCGAUUAUCUCAAGGCAAAGGCUCCGCCGAAGGACACAGAAACAGGCUCCGAGCUAUACUGGGCCGCUCGUCGUUGCGAUGUCCUCGUGGCUAGUUUCGAUGCAACAGUUCUCCGCACAACAGGAGUCAAACUAAUCGAAGAACUCUGGUCCAACAACAUAAGCGCAGAGCUUGCAGUCGACGCCUCGUCUCUCGAAGAGCUCAUGGCCAAAUACAAAGACUCCAACCACCGAUGGAUCGUAAUCGCCAAACAAGACAGCAAAGAGCGUGGAUUCAAAGUUCGCAACCUCAUGCGCAAGGAGGAAUUCGACAUCCGGACCGCCGAGCUCGUAACCUGGCUUCGGUCAGAGGUACAGGCAUUGCACCACCGAGAAGGAACCGCCGAGCCUCGACCAUCCCGUCAACUAAGCCAGCAAGAAGCCUUGGCAUUCCAGGAACGGGCGAACGAUGUACGAAUUCUCGUUCCACAGCACCGAAGCAAAAAGACAAACAGAAGGAACAUUGUCGAGUCAGCACUCGUAUCAUCCCGCGAAGUAGCAGAAAACGCCCGCAACGGCCCCGUCGCAGCCAUCGACACUCGCGACGAAGUCCUCGACGCCAUCCGAGACACACGACUCUCAGAUGCAGAAAGCUGGCGAACUGUCAUCCAGAACGCACCUCUGACCGAGCGCAAAUACCUCAGCCAGGUACACGAGCUACUCACCGAUCUAGCAAUGGAGAAUCGCGCAAACGACAGCUCGGAAAGCUAUACGAAUGCUUUCAUCUACAAUUAUCGAACAGGAUCCUGCGUGUACUAUGACCUGGGACCCUAG